AACUCACCGUUUUUCUCUCUCACUCUCACUCCCAAACUCAGCCAAAAACCCCAAAACACACAGACGCGCACGCAUGCACCUCUUCCCAGCCGGCACACAACCGUCGCAUUUCAAAACCGACCGCCACACGCACACCGCAGCCAAUCAACACCCGCCAUCUCAUCUCUCAUGGACUUCGUCGCCGGCUCUCCUUCACCGGUGACGGCACCCCGGCCCCCCUCCAAAACGGCGUCGGUUCCGGUUUGCGAGGACUGCUGGAGCGAGGACGCGACCUUCACGCUCAUAGAGGCCUGGGGAGAGCGCCACCUCAGCCUCAACCGCGGCAACCUCCGUCAAAAGCACUGGGAAGAAGUCGCCGACGCCGUCAACGCCUCCCACGUCACUGCCGACAACCCCAGGUCCCGCCGUACAGACGUCCAGUGUAAGAACCGCGUCGACACCCUCAAGAAGAAGUACAAGAUCGAGAAGGCUAGGGUUUCCGACUCCAAUGGCGACUACACCAGCCCCUGGCCCUUCUUCUCUCUCCUCGACUCCCUCAUCGGCUCCAAAUUCCCCAAGCCCUCGCCGCCGCUCCCUCGCCGGAGCCCUCCCUCGCCGCCGCUGCAGUGGACUUUUCCAGUAGCUCGGAGAUCGGCAACAGUCAAACGGCCGGCGCCGGCGUUUUUUCCGGCACCUGGAGACGAACCGGUGUUGAGUCAAAAAUUGGAUUUCUCGGCGUUUGCGGCGGUAGCUGCGGCAGCGGCGGCGGAGAGCGAAGAGUCCGAGGGGUCGCCGUCGAGGUCGAGCGUGGGAGGGAGUAGGAUGAGGGACCGUGAUAGGGAGGUUGGUUGUGUGGAAUUGGCUAUGGCCAUAGAGAGGUUUGCGGAGAUAUACGAGAGAGUAGAGCAGAGGAAACAGAGGCAGAUGGUGGAGUUGGAGAAGCAGAGGAUGCAAUUUGCUAAGGACUUGGAGUACCAUAGAAUGCAGCUUUUCAUGGAAACAACGAAGCAUCAGCUUCGAAAGAUAAAGCGCGCCAAGCGGUCAUCUUCAUCCCCUGGUCGCAUUGAUGUAGGGGCUGAAUUACGAAAAAAUAUGCCUGCAGGUUUCAUGUCCCAAAUAUUGAUGUUUCAUUCAGCGAACGGCGAUACAAGAAUUGAUCAAUUAGUCUUGAGUACAUUGGUGGGAGGAGGGUAGAGACAAUUACUUAUAGGCGACGAGGUUUGAUAGUCACCGGCUAGUGUGAUUUGCCUCUUUUUGAAAGGUACAGAUCGAUUCUAACUUAUGGAAGGAAAUGCAUACGGUUUUACCUUAUUUUGGGUACGAGGAUUUACUAGAAGUUACUUGGACAGAGAAUUAGAAGGAAAUGCAUAUGGUUUUACCUUA